AUGCAGGCGAGCCGGGCGUUAUCACAGUCUCCGAGUUUCGAAUGUUAUUCCAAUAGGAAUCUAGCUGAAAUUGCUGAUAGAGUUGUUGAAGAGUUCAGGGCUGAAAAUGGAACUGAGACGGAACUUUUUGUUGAUGAUGAUGGAGGUUUCACUUGCUUUGAAACUGGAAGAAAAUUGAAUGUGAAAGUGGAAGAGAAGGAGGGUAAGGAUGAGAAUCACGAGGAAGAAAAUGAAGAUGACGAUGAAUUUGAGUUUUCGUUUGUAAAAGAGUCCGAAUUUUCACCGGUUGCAGCUGAUGAAAUAUUUGACAACGGCAAGAUCCGUCCGAUUUACCCGAUUUUCAAUAGAGAUUUGUUGUUACAACACAGUGGUUUCGUGAACGGUAGCUCUAAUUCGAAUACGAACUCGAUAUCGUCGGGCGAGGCUUCUGCUCCACCGAGAUCAAUUCGACUGCCGUUAAGGAAGCUUUUCAUGGAAGAAGAGCGAGAAGCUAACUCGUCGUGCUCAUCGUCUGAAGCCGACGAUCUGGAAGGGAUUCCGCCGGGAACGUACUGCGUGUGGAGGCCUAAAGAGGAGGAAAGGUCUGCCGGAGGUUGUAAGAAGAGCAAUUCUACAGGUUCCUCAAAACGCUGGAAGUUUCGUGAUCUCAUUCACCGGAGCAAUAGUGACGGCAAGGACACUUUCGUCUUUUUGACUCCUUCGCCCAAAAAGAGAGAAAAAAACAAAGCAGAAAAGACGACGACUGAUGCUUCAAAGGUCGCCGCAAAAUCAAACGGAGUUCCGGCCAGUGAAGUUUACCCGGCGAUGCAUUACGUGAAGAACGGAGGGGAGAAAAGGAAAUCCUACUUACCGUAUAGGCAAGAUCUUGUAGGCUUCUUUGCUAAUAUGAAUGGGUUGAGCCGGAAUGUACAGCCACUCUGA